AACACAUUUGCCGGAUGUUUUGGUGGAUUACGGAGCGGUCCGGGCCAGACAAAGUUUGGAAUAAAUUGUUGGAAAAAUCGGGUUAAAAAGCAGUUUAAUCGUUAAACGAUGUCGACCAGGUGGUAUCCGAUAUACCAGCGUGGUAACCCGCAAUUACGUGUGUUCCUGCCCAACUUUUGGCUCAAACUAUUGCGACCCGAAAACGAGCAGCCCCCAAACGUGGUACAAUUUGCAUGCUCGAUGGAAAUGACCCGGCACGAUGUGAGGAACUAUCUGGAGAAAAUCUAUAAAAUACCGGUGGUCAACGUGCGGACGCGGAUCGGUAUGGGAGACACCAAGCGGGAUCUAGUGCUGGGCUACAUCACUAAGGAGGAGGACACCAAAUACGCUUAUGUCACGCUGCCUGCCACCACGAAGUUCGAGUUUCCCGACAUGUUCCCAAACGAUGCAAAACAGAAGAUCGAAGACGACAAGAAGUCGCUGGACGAUGCGAAAAAGAAUUACAAAAAGUUCCUGGACAAAAACAAAGACCGGCCCGGAACACCCGGCUGGUUUUCUAUUUAACGGUGUACGAUGGUUCCGGUAAUAAAAUGUUAGUUUUAUUCAUGUAGUUCA